CCGUCUGUGAUUUCCCCUCGCUCAUCUUUCUACCAGCCACUCUUCACUCAAAGGCCAGUCGAGCCGGCUCUCGACAACGUCCUCGCAACAAGAAGAAAAAAAAGACACCUCCCUCAAGGGCAGGCAACCAAAAGCGAAAACAUGUUCAGCAAGCGCAAGAGCGUCGACUGGACGAGCCAGCGGCAGUCCUCUCCCUCCUUCAGGGAGAAGCUGUCGGGCUUCGUCCGGCUCGGUCAUGGGUUGGCCAGGAAGCCGACCUUGUCGCUGCUGAGGCAGUCGUCGCGCGCCGAGCGUCCGUCGAUGGACGAGCGGCCCGCCGCCGCCCUGCCCCAGGUGCAGAUGAAGGACUUUGGCACAUCGCGGCUCGAGAUUGACCUGCAGAGCCUCGAGGCCUUCCGCUGCCUGACGCCGCAGGGGAAGGACCAGCAGCAGCAGCAGCAAUCUGCGAGCGGCGGCAAGCCCGGGUCGCCAAAUAAGCCAAAUGGCCUCGUCUCCAAGGCGGCCACGACGACGCCCAUCGCCGAAAUGUUCUCCUCGAGGCGCUCCGCCAUCUUCUCGACCGCCACCGUGGUUGUCGCCGUGCCGUCGCUCGCAAAGUCGUCCCCCGCCCUCGUCGUCGAGCUGCCCGCCAACAAGCCCGGCCGCGUGACGGUCGACGAGCGCGCGCCCGCCGCCACCCGCGCCUCCUCGAUCAGGUCACGCGCGCCCGCCGACACUAUUAUCCUUGUGCCGGCCGACAUGGGCAGCUGCCGCAGCCGCGCACCCUCGCGGGCCAAGCACGGCGCCAGCUCGUCCAUCGUGACGGUCGAGAUCGUCGACUCGAGCCAGGGCCAGACGCACACGCCGAGGCCGUGGCCGCCCCCGGAGCCCGAGACCCCGGCCAGCCGCGCUCCGUCGAGAUCGCAGCCCCGCGAGCCACGUCGCGCCGCCUGGGCGCCGUCGACCGCCGGCCCGCCCGCCACCUCGACGGAGCCCAUCGUCAUCUCGGGCCCCAUCGUCCGGUCGCGCCAGAACUCGUUGGCGACGGCCGCGGGCCUGCAGUCCCGCCCCGGCAGCGCCGACAAGCGCCACUCGACGCCCGCCGCGCUGCCUCCGUCGCUGACCAUCUCCACGGCCCCCGGCCCGCAGGGGGCGCUCUCGGCGGCUGACAACAGCAGCGUCCCGCCCGAGCGGCGGCGGCGGUCGUGGCAGCCCGCGUCGGUGGCGGGCACCCCGCGAUCGUCGGGCCCGCCGUCCGCGUCGGCGCCCUGGCAGCGGCUCGAGGCGGCGCGGCGGCCGUCGGCGCGCCUCGACUCGAACCGGCUCGCGUGGCUGCGCGACCUCGAGGGCGGGCGUAAGACGCCCUCGGGCGGCGUCAACAGCGACCUGCCCGUGCUCAAGAAGGUGCAGGGCAGCGUGGCGGACAAGCUGGCGCGGUUCGAGAGCAAGGGCCAGCCGGCCCAGGCGCAGACGCUGCCGGGGACCCCGCUGGCGCAGAUGGUGCCGCUCAGCCGGUCCAACUCGACGCGCAGCCGCACGUCGUCGGUGGCCGACACCUUCAUGUCGACGUCCCUGACGGGCGGCGGCGCCCCGACCACGGCGCGCUCCUCGCUCGACAGCCACCGCGCCUCGUCCGUCUUCUCGCACUACGACGAGUCGUUCCGCGAGAAGAUGGAGCGCCUGACGGCAAACGCGACGCAAAAGGUCGAGGACCAGGGCAAGCCCGACACCACAAAGAUCGCCUCGACCUUUGUGGCGGUCGACAGGGGAGUAAUGCAUUGAGAGAUCAAGAGUGUCUUGUGUUUUUUGGGCUUCUUGUCAUUCUGGGCAGGCGAUUUUGUGUUUUUGCAUAACAAAUUUUAUUAGCACAGCAAGGGCGUUAUGGACGGUUUUUAUGUUUUUAAUCAGCGCGCUAGAUCAGCACCCAGCAUCACUAAAUUGGAUUUUUUCCUUUGUGUCAUACUCGUCACAGUCCUGGCCAAGAAUGUUGCCUGGUUUUCAACAAACAUUGCCUACUUUUUGGAGUUGUGAAUUUGGAGAACCGUCUGGAACGGAUUGACGGAACGCGAAGUCGGCCUAUCUAUAGUAUUGAUAUGCCGGCGCUAAUACGAGCAGAGAAUGCCCCAACCGUCCGAACAUGAGGCGGGCAGACCUUUGCAGGGACUCGCUGGAGGAUAGUAACGAAAGUAUAAAUUAUAUAUGGUUGGAGGAUACAGUAUAACCGCAUAGAACAAUCGGUUCUGGAGGGCCAGACCAGCGCUCCUUGUCUCUUUCGACAUA